ACUUUUUACAUCGCCUCCAAACAACAGAAACAACUCAAAAUUAGUCGUUACGACUUCACUCCAGCUAAGGUUGCUAAUUUGACAAACUUCCAAAAAGGAUACCGAUGAUUAGUGUCGGGUGAGCGAGCAGUCGUUUGUGCAAUGACAGCUCUGCUUAUCGACUGCCUUUGUUUGGGUCUUCAUUCGAAUGUAAAGGAGUGAUCACCAUGGUGGGUGUGGCCUGCAGGUUGGAUCAGGUGAGGGUGUGAUUCCCGCCGCACCGUGUUGGAGGCAAACAUAUCUGGACUGAAGAAGAAUGGCUCGGAAUGUGAACUUUGACCUGAACCACCCUCAAAUGGAAGCCGGGCUUGAAAGUCCGGUUGAUGAGGAGGGUGUUCAUGACUCGUUUCACCAACUGAUAAAUGAGCAGACACAGAGAGGAGCGAGGUCUGAUGCCUACGAGCUGCAGCUGCUACAAGAAGACCUGGAAAAGGAGAAUGAAGAUGAAAUCUUGUACAUGCCUGACUCCAGAGGGGACCUCAGGGAUCAGAGACGACAUGGGAGAGGAGAGGACCUCGUUGAGGAUGAAAGCCAGACGGACCCCCUUAUAGCAGAUCGGUGGUCCUCAGCCACCCUGAAGAUCCUGUCGUCCAUGCCCAGUCGCACCAUUGGCCGCAGCAGAGGAGCCAUUAUCUCUCAGUACUACAACAGAACCAUGAAGCUGCGGAGACGCAAACAGAGCCGGCCCACCAUCCACGAGUUCUCUCGCUCAGCCAGGCCCAGCAUCCUCGGCUACGGCAUGGAGACGGACGGCACUGAGGAAGAAACAAAGAAACGAGAACGGCUGGUGAACAACCUGCAGAAUCUGUCUGUGAGUGACCGGGUCAGGAUGCUGCGAGGGAUGCCUCUGAGUGUCCCUGAAAAAAGGGAACUUAGGAGGUUAGCAUUACAGAAGGAGCGCCGCACGCUCUCAGGCAGCCAGAUUCCCUGCUACAGUCGACUCAAAUAUUACAUCAUCAUUGCUGUGAGACAUGGCUGGUACAGCUUGCUCUCCUUCCUUCACUCCCUCCAGUUGUGGCAGGUGGCCCUGAAGCGAGUGAGCGGACGUUUCGGCACUGGAGUCCUCUCUUACUUCCUCUUCCUCAAGACCCUCCUCUUCUUCAACCUCUUCCUCUUCCUGGUGACCGGUGCGUUCUUGGUGCUUCCACAAGCGGUGCAUCCUCCGAAACUGUUGCAGGAGAGACCAAAGUUCGCAGGAUUGGAGCUGCUCACUGGAGCGGGUUAUUUCACAGACACAGUGAUGUACUAUGGGUACUACUCAAAUUACACGCUAUUGAGAGGUUGCGACCACGGGGGGAAGAAUGAGUCCGACCAGACCAGUCCGGAGUGUGAGCCCGGACGCCUCUCUUACAAAAUGCCUCUUGCCUACUUCUUCACCAUCAGCAUGUCUUUCUUCAUCACGUGUAUUAUACUUGUUUACAGUAUGUCCAAAACAUUUGGGCAGAGUUUCCGAAUCGACAAAUCUCACAGUAUCCUGGCCAUGAAGGUGUUCUGCUCCUGGGACUUCAAGGUCAUCAAGGGCUCUUCAGUGCAACUCAUGUCUGAGAAUAUCUGCACUCAGAUCAAGGAACUGCUUGCUGAAGUCAAUCAUAAGAAGGUCACCAUCACCAUGUGCCAGAGACUGCGGAAGCUGAUGAUUCACACUCUGGCCUGGUUGAUUUGCAUCACCUGCAGCACAGCCUGCUUGCUUGGCAUUUACUACUUAUCAGAACACAUGCACCAGGUGAGAGUUCAUCUGAAAAGUGACGACCACUUAAAAAGCCCGAGCACAGAUCAUGUCUUUUCCUCACAGAACCUCCAGCAUAGCGUCCGCUUCAUUCAGGACCCGCUGGUGAAUGAGGCCAGUCUUCUGGCGCUUCCUGUGGUUGUGUCCCUCAUAAACAUGCUGUUGCCAGGCCUGUUCUACUUGGCAGCCUGGAUGGAAGACUACGAGUCACCGUCCGUACGCACAUAUGUGGCCAUCUGCAGGAACCUGAUGUUAAAAGUGAGCAUUCUCGGGGUGCUCUGCUACCACUGGCUGUAUCGAGUGGCUUCCAACCCGUCGAGUAUUGGCCUGCCGUGUUGGGAGACGUUUGUAGGGCAGGAGCUUUACAGAUUCCUGCUGAUGGACUUCAUCUUCACUCUGCUGGACACUCUGUGUGGGGAACUGCUUUGGAGGGUGUUUUCUGAGAAGGUGCUUCAGAGACGGAGGAAGCCUGUGUUUGAUAUCGUCAGGAACGUAUUGGAGCUCAUCUAUGGACAGUCAUUGGCCUGGUUGGGAGUUCUUUUCACUCCGCUUCUGCCUGCUGUGCAGAUACUGAAGCUGCUGCUGCUCUUCUACAUCAAGAAGAGCAGUGUGAUGAUGAACUGUCAGGCCCCCAGGAAGCCCUACAGAGUCAGCCAGAUGACUACGAUCUUCAUCACGCUUCUCUGCUUCCCAUCUUUUCUCGGCGCCUCUGUGUGCGUCACAUACACUAUGUGGAGCAUCACCCCGUCGUCGUCCUGCGGCCCGUUCCGUGAGCUCAAAACAAUGUUUCAGGCUGGCAAAAUCUGGGUGCAAGAACUGGAAAAAGACAACCCCAAACUUUCAGUGCUAGCCAGUGUCCACACAUAUCUAGUGGAAAACCCAUUUUUCCUGUUUGUGGGAGCUGGGAUCUUUCUCAUCGUCAUUUACUUCCAUAUCCAAGUUGUGGAUGGCCAGAGAAAGAUCAUCAGCUUGUUGCAGGAGCAAAUACAAAAUGAGGGAGAAGACAAAAAAUUCCUCAUCACUCGUCUGCAGUCCGUCCAUGAGAAGAAAAAGAGUCCAGCUCGACGACUCACCAGUCAAGACUCUUCCUGUUGAAACCAAACCUCUGUGGUCCUGGUCUGAAGACGUCUCUCCCCCUCCCCGGCCUGGCAGCACUGGAACAUGGAGAACUAUCAUCAACCUUCAGUGUGGGCACAAUUUUAAGGGGCGAAAACAGGGCAUCAGUCCACUUUUUAUUACUCACUAAGUUUUAAUGACAUGAUAUGCAUUAUGACCACCCUGCCAUCAUCGUUUCACCAUUCAACUGGCAGCUUUUGUUCUGUGUUUGUGGUCAGCGCGGUUUAUGAGUGGUUGCUAGCUGGGGUUAUGGAUCAAAACAGGAUGUUAAAAGCCCUUUUUGAUAAAACUUUUACAUAAAGAAGUUGAUCACAGACUUCCUCCUACUGAGCUGUGUAGCCGUAGGUCAGUCCAGAAACUGAAAAAACUGCUGUGGCUCACAGCAUGGCGACACUUUUCUGUCUGGAGCUUUUAGCACAAUGAGAACAAUAGUAGUUUAUUUGUUGGAUAGCAGCCAAUGAGAGACAUCAAUGAGCUGUGUCCUUCCUCAGAUCCCCACACUUCCUUCCUUAAACUGCAUUUGAAUGCACUCACGAGGCAGCAAAAAGGGAAAACGAAUUAGGUGGUCAUAAUGUUUUGACUCAUAGUGUUUUGACAGUAAAAGGAUCUAUAUUUGCAUAUAUUUUCAUCUCUUGAAGUAGCACUUUGAUUGAAACUGUGACAAUAUUUUAACCUCAUUUGCUCAAAUAAUUGUAUUUUAAAUGUUUUUAUAUGUGUUUUUAUGUUGAUUUAGUAAAGGAGAAUGAUUGUACAGGGCCUUACUUUAGUGGAAGUUGACUGUUGUUUUGUUCGGAAGACAAGUUUGUAAUCGUUUAUUAAAUUAUCUUUUAUCAUGUCUGUGUGUAGCCUCUGAAGAAUUAUGAAAUGUUGGGUUUGUUUACCUUAGAUUUUGGAACUUGAUUUGAUGUCUUUGAUCUAUCUUUUUCAAAUGUUAUUAUCAUAUUCCAAAUAGUUAAUUUCACAAAUUACAAAUGUGUUAUUGUAUAUGGGUAAAAUUAUGUAUUCGUAUAUAAUAUAAUUCCAAAUGUUUUCUAAAUAUUUAAGAUUACAUGAUAUCAGAAAUGAAUAAUAAAGACAAAUGAAUAA